GGUCAGAGACGUUUCCCCUGUGCACGAACCACCCUAAGGUCGGAAGCAAGCCGAGCAUAGACAGCAUCAGCGCUGUGAAGUGCGAGUUUGACUUGCAGUUGAAAGUGUCUACUCCGAGACCGACCAUCUGACUGUGCGUAAUGGCAAGACGGUGUGUGGAGGCACCAGACCUCUCAAACAAGGGCGGGGCUUGAAGAACUAGAGUUCGCCAUGAGCUCAGACUAUGGUACAUUGACGCCAUCAAUCAUGUUUGAAUCAUGAAAAACAUGGGUAACACUUUAAACCUAUACACAUUCAUGUCUGUAGGUGUGACAUUAAACUCUAUUACCUCACAUCCUUAAACCGCCAGCCAUGACUCCGCCCCGCUCUGGCCCCCUGAUAGUUUGUACAUCAGUUAAGCUUAUACCGUCCUCAGGGAAUAUAUUUUUGCUACCGCUCUUGUUUAAGGUUUACUCGAGUUCCCACGAUCUAUCCUGACAUUCUCUUGUAGGUUACUGCCAUGUCAUUGCUUUACCAAUAAAAUGUGGUGUGACGUUGUCAUUUCUGUUCUAGUCAUUAAAAUGCUGUUGUGCUUUCUUUCCGUGUUUAUAAUAUAAAUGUUUGAGAUAUCAUUUUUAGGGAUCAUAUCGUAAUUUAUGUUUUUAGGUCACGCUGAACUGCUCGAGUGGUCUGUUUAUUUGUCUCUUUGGAUGCAAGGUGUACUUCCUCUUUAAUGGUUUCCUCGGACAAGUCGUCUGUUUUGUCUUGCUCUACUGUGUACUUCAGCUGUCUACAGAGACGCUGACGGACGCCAGUGAAUGUGUCCGUUGGUAAACUUACAUUCCAAACGGGAUCAGUCUCGUGACAAAACGCUGCUGCCAGCAUACUACUCGCUCUCGGCAGCUCUGAGGCGGCUGCCGGGGAAGGGUUGUCCGGGACGCAGCUUUGCUCCCGCACGGCUGAGCUCACACGUUAUCGAGCCGCAUCAGAGAGCACAUCCAAAGCCCCACAUUCGCACAGAGCAGCAUCUGCAGCCAUACGAGCGGCCAGGAGGGGGGAGGAGGAGGAGAGGAAAGGAGGAGGAGGAGGGGGUGGGAGUGUAGCGAUUCAGUCCAUCACCUCAGCUGUAAGGACAGAUAUGGAAACAACAGCAUUGCGGGACUAGCUCAGCCGCUCUCCGCCAGCAGCAACUUAGCCAGGACUUGCUCCGCUGCCGAAAUCUCCAGCCUGAGUCACGCUGCGGUUAUGCUGAUUCGGCGAGCAUGAGCUGCCCGGUGGUCUGGCUGUAUCACAUUCUAAAAGCUUCUUUGUCCUGCUUUUCAAGAGGACUGCGUACAUCUGAAGUGAACACGACGUGUCGCCGUUGACGACUAAACGACCGCGGCAAGCUGCGAAAGUGAGCGAAUGCUAAAUCACGCACACCUGGAUUUGCUGCAUCCGCAAUGAUACGAGCGUGACUCCUCGAAGCUGAGCGGAGCGCGUGCCUUCCCCUCCUCCUCCUCCUCCUCCUUCACCACAUCCUCCUUUCGUGACUUUUUCGACUCCUACAUCGGUAUUUUCCCCGAGGAAGCCCACCCGUUUGGCGAUGGAGCUACGCAGCUUCAGGACCAUGGACAGCGUUAGAGUUGUCCUCUGCCUGCUCGGCACUCUGACACGACUCGUGGUUAUGGCCGAGCAGGAAAGUGAGAAUCUGUCAGGACUGUCCACCAACCCGGACAAAGACAUCUUUGCUGUCCGAGAGAACGGCACGACUUGUCUAAUGGCUGAAUUUGCGGGCAGAUUCGUGAUACCGUACGACGUGCUCGCACUGAAUGGCAUAGACCUAAUUACAGAACAGGCCAGCGUUCCGCUUCCCCGGGGGGCAGGGGUGGAGGGGAUGUGUGGACCCAACGAAGCGGAGCUGCACAUCUACUGGGCAAACAACGCCUUCAUCUUCCGCAUCUUCUUUGUAAAGGAGACGAGACUUGCAAACGAUCCGAAAGAAAAGGAGAGCGAGAUAUGGAAGGUUAACAAGGUGCAGUUGGUCUACGAUACCUCUGAGAGCACGCAUUUUAUCAAUGCGUACAACCCCGGGAAGCACACGGCCAACUCGCACAAAUUGUCUGCCUUCGUGACCCCGGCGGAUCGCUCGUUCGUGUGCGCGGCCCAGCAGACCCUUACGCUCCUCUCUACCGACCACCAAAAGGGCGUCACCAUCAUCCUGUCCGACAUUCAGAUCCAGCCCUUUGACAUCAAGAGCGACUUCAUGUUUAGUGAAGCCACUAAGUGCAUCACAGACCAGCGUGAGCAGCUGGAGGAGACUCUGCCCCUGGUGUUGGGCCUGGUGUUGGCCCUCAUCAUCGUCAUCACCCUCACCAUCUACCACUUCCACCUCAAGCUGACCGCACAGGAGCCUGUGCUGCCCCGCGACCGCUCCCUCUACAAGAACAUGUGAUGGACUCCCCUCUCUCGCUCGCUCUCUCGCUCUCUCUCUCUCUCUCUAUCUCGCACACACACACACUCUCUCUCGUCUCUGCAAAGCAAAGUUAGCUGGCUUCUCUUCUGGGUCCCCUGACCCACUGACGUGGAUCUCUCCCCCCCCCC